GCAGCAGCCGCGGCAGGCGCGCGGGCCGCGUCAGGGGAGCCGAGGGCCUCACAAUUCUAAGGAGAGGGGCGAGAGGGGGCCGGGGACGGGAGGGCUGGGGGCACCGCGCUCUCCCAACGGCGCGGAUCCUUUUUGGAAAUUAAUAUUUAAAAAAAAAAAAAAAGCCGAGGACGCAGAGGGGAAGGUAGGGGCAAGUGGGAAGGCGAGACACACACACAGAAAGAGAGAGAGACAGAGACAGAGACAGAGCCCCACAGUGAGAGGAAGGAAGGAAGGAAGGCAACAGUCGCCGGCAGCCAAUGUGAAGACAGGACUCCGUGCGCCCCUCGCCGCCUCUGCCCGGCCACAUCGAUGUUGUGUCCGCCGCCCGCUCGCCCGGAUCACGAUGAACGCGCAGCUGACCAUGGAGGCGAUCGGCGAGCUGCACGGGGUGAGCCAUGAGCCGGUGCCCGCCCCUGCCGACCUGCUGGGCGGCAGCCCCCACGCGCGCAGUUCCGUGGCGCACCGCGGCAGCCACCUGCCCCCGGCGCACCCGCGCUCCAUGGGCAUGGCGUCCCUGCUGGACGGCAGCAGCGGCGGCGGCGAUUACCACCACCACCACCGGGCCCCCGAGCACAGCCUGGCCGGCCCCCUGCACCCCACUAUGACCAUGGCCUGCGAGACUCCCCCAGGUAUGAGCAUGCCCACCACCUACACCACCUUAACCCCUCUGCAGCCGCUGCCGCCCAUCUCCACAGUCUCGGACAAGUUUCCCCACCAUCACCACCACCACCAUCACCACCACCACCCGCACCACCACCAGCGCCUGGCGGGCAAUGUGAGCGGUAGCUUCACGCUCAUGCGGGAUGAGCGCGGGCUGGCCUCCAUGAAUAACCUCUAUACCCCCUACCACAAGGACGUGGCCGGCAUGGGCCAGAGCCUCUCGCCCCUCUCCAGCUCCGGUCUGGGCAGCAUCCACAACUCCCAGCAAGGGCUCCCCCACUAUGCCCACCCGGGUGCCGCCAUGCCCACCGACAAGAUGCUCACCCCCAACGGCUUUGAAGCCCACCAUUCGGCCAUGCUCAGCCGCCACGGGGAACAGCACCUGACGCCCACUUCGGCCGGCAUGGUGCCCAUUAACGGCCUUCCUCCGCACCACCCCCAUGCCCACCUGAACGCUCAGGGCCACGGGCAGCUCCUGAGCACAGCCCGGGAGCCCAACCCUUCGGUGACCGGCGCGCAGGUCAGCAAUGGAAGUAAUUCAGGGCAGAUGGAAGAGAUCAAUACCAAAGAGGUGGCGCAGCGUAUCACCACCGAGCUCAAACGCUACAGCAUCCCACAGGCCAUCUUCGCGCAGAGGGUGCUCUGCCGCUCCCAGGGGACCCUCUCGGACCUGCUGCGCAACCCCAAACCCUGGAGCAAACUCAAAUCUGGCCGGGAAACCUUCCGGAGGAUGUGGAAGUGGCUGCAGGAGCCGGAGUUCCAGCGCAUGUCAGCGCUCCGCUUAGCAGCAUGCAAAAGGAAAGAGCAAGAACAUGGGAAGGAUAGAGGCAACACACCCAAAAAGCCCAGACUGGUCUUCACAGAUGUCCAGCGUCGAACUCUACAUGCAAUAUUCAAGGAAAAUAAGCGCCCAUCCAAAGAAUUGCAAAUCACCAUUUCCCAGCAGCUGGGGUUGGAGCUGAGCACCGUCAGCAACUUCUUCAUGAACGCAAGGAGGAGGAGUCUGGACAAGUGGCAGGACGAGGGCAGCUCCAAUUCAGGCAACUCAUCUUCUUCAUCAAGCACUUGUACCAAAGCAUGAAGGAAGAACCACGAACUAAAACCUCGGUGGAAAAGCUUUAA